CGGGCGGCCGGGCGCUGGGGGGACCUAGGCGUAGCCGUGCUCGGGCACUGCUCGAUUGCCAGGUUUGGGCCGUGCCAGGUCCCCUCUUUCUGCUACGUGUGUCUGGGUAUUUUUAAGCCUGUCCCAGGGGCUGGGGCUGGGGCUGUGCCAAUGCUCCUGCUGGGACCAAAGCUGGAGGUCUUGCCUCUCUGCUCGGGGUCAGACCAGCACCCCAUUUGGGGCCAAGAAGGGAUUUUACCCCAUGGUCACAUUGAUACGGACUGGGGAGGGGGUUGCCUUCCUCAGCAGUGGGGCACGGCCUCUCUGCAGGAUCUCUUGAGUGCGUAUUAACAGCCCUUUACAGAAGCAGGAGGUUGGCUGCCGCUGUUUGCCCUGUGGCAGGUGCGGGUGUGAUGUGCUGUGUUGUGUCAGGGCUGAUGGUUGUUUCAGAUGAUGGUUUCUCUGGGCUGGUUUGCACAGCCCGGUCCGGCAGGAGCUGGGCUAGCUGUGACCUCUGGAGCUCCCUUCCAGCCCCGCUUCUCUGUACGAGCUCUCUCUAGGAUCUUGGAUUUUGGAAAGGAGGGUGCAGAUCUUGAGAGGCAGCAUCCCACAUGAAACAACACCUCUUUUUCCCCAGUUAAAAAGAAACUCGAAGCUUGACUCCCACUGUGGGGGCUACAGCUGUGUGAUUCGGUUUCAGAUGGAAGCAAAAACCAUACAGAAAUUCACUGGAAGGAGGGUUGGGAAGCAGGUGCUUUGGGGACAGGCAAUGCAGAAUGAAGGUUAGCUUGAUGGGUGGAGCAUCAAGGCCAUGGAAAAGCAGCGGGUCGUUAACACCUGCUGAAUGGAGAGUUUGGAGGGGAUCAGAGAGAUGAUAAUGAGCGGUGGACUCCAUCAGCACUGCCUGGCUAGAGAUGCUGCUGGGAGCCACUGAUGAUGCUACCCUAGCUGCUGCUUACACCUACUGAUUUAUUUAGCCCGUGGCUCCGGCUACACGCUACAUGUAUGGCGCAAUUGAGUGAUGAAUCGUGUCAUACUUUUAGACCAGCUACCCGUGCAAAGUAUUGAUCUCUUAACGGGCGAAUCACGCAAUAAAUGUAGACUGGCCACGCAUGAAAAGUAAUUAUCGCGCCGUAAAAAUGUCUGUUCGGCUCUCAAAAGAGCCAACCGGCUGCUGAGUUAGUACUUGGAAAUGCGUAACAGCUUUAUAGACAGACAAGGUUCUUCGGGUAAAUCCGAUAUCUUUUAUUAGACCAACUCAAGUAGUUGUGUGUCCUUAGAGACCAACACGGCACACCCCUAACAACUUUAUAGCUGGUUUCUAUCCAGCUUUCAUUUGAAUGUGUGUGGUGCAAAUCUGCCCUGCCGUCUGCCCUCGUCAGGGGCCGGUGCAGGCUUGUUUCCCGGCAGAGCUCUCCUGCCUGGCCUGGUUGAUGGUAUCGGGAGGUUUGCAUGGCUUCGCGUCGCAUGGCUUUGUCUCUUUAUUGCUUCUUCAGGAAGAGGAGACUUGCCGUGCUGCAUAGCGUACAGGUGCAAGAAGGCGGUGGAGAUGGUCCGUAGCACGGUGGCGUCUGUAGGGAAGGCAGAGGUAGCCAGGAGAUGAUCUGCCCGUUAUUUUAAUGUCAUUCUGACCCGGCCAGCGUCUUCACCCCCAAAAGCUGCAAAGCAGCAUCGUGUGAAACAAGUGGCAGGUUUCCACUUCCAAUCCCUGCUGCUUUCUGGGCAGGAUUAGUACCCCCUUGCCUUUGCCUUCCUGCUGCUGUCGUGCGAGUGAUACGGGGCUAUUAGUGUCUUGUAAAACGGAGCGACGUUGAUGGGUCUGUCUCACCCGUCACCGCUGCGCGUCGUCGCACGGCUCGCUCGGCGUUUGGAGAUCGCUUUCUGUUUUUAGCUCGCGAGCAGGGAGAAGUGAGGGUGAGUCCUGCGCCCGCACCCUUGAGACGCAUCAGUUUGAUUGAGCGCAACGUUGGGGUCGGGGUUCGGGGUCCUGUACCCCUUUUUCUCCUCCAGACAGAAGUGAUUUGGUCCUGUGUUUCCUUCCCACCCCCCCAGUUAUGUCUGUAUUUGUAGGAUUUGCGUGUUGCGGUACUCGUCGUUACCGUGCCCAGCUCAGCUCCCCAACGAGCAGCGUGCUGGAGCAGGGUUGAGGCGACCGUGGCAGUAACAGGGUAGGACUGUCUUUCCUGGUGUGCUCCAUCGUGGCUGCGGCCCCUGCCCAGCGCCAAGACUUGAGCCCCGACAGCUGCCUGCCGGUCACAAAAUGGAUUUGGGCGACUUGCUUAACCCCCCCGAACAACCGGUGGCGUCCAGGGAGCUGCUCCUCUUUGUGGCCCAGCACUUCCAUAAUGCAGCGCCGAUUCUCCAGAGCCCAUAAAUGCGCUGGACCAGUUAAAGCGGCUCUUGCUUCUUGUUCCAUUAAGUCUGGACUGGCGCUGUGGCGAAAAGAGGAUAAUGCGAUUCCUGGAAGCCGCCGUUCCGAAGUGCCGGCUAACACCUGGCUCUCCGAGCUGUGCAGGAAAGCCAGGCACGCUGCGUGUACUUAACCGUGCCGGCCUGGAACAUCGUGCCCUUCCGCGUGACACGGGAAGACGCAGUCACUGCCAAUUAACACCUCUGUUAACAUCUCUCCGCGCUCACUGGCAGUCUGGCCUUAAGGCCGCUCGCUCGACAGAGAGCGGCGGGUCGACCACACAACCACGCAGAAUGGCAGGGACCUUGCUGCUCCCCCACGCAGGCUGGCUGGGUCGGUGCCUUGCCCGGGAUACCCACGGCUGGCGCCGGGUGCUCCACGGACUGCGGAGCCGGGCAUCCUGUGGGAGAGGCCUGCGCCCGAUGAGCUCAGCCGGCAUCGGCAGGGUCGCGCCUGUCUUCACCAGAGCUCUGGCUUUCGGCGAGAAAGUGGCCAUCAUCGACCAGCAUGGCGAGCACACCUAUAGGGACCUCUACGCGCAGAGCCUCCGCCUGUCCCAGCAGAUCUGCAAGGUGCUGGGAUGUCACGGCAGAGACCUGAAGGAAGAGCGGGUCUCAUUCCUGUGCCCCAACGAUGCCUCCUACGUGGUCGCCCAGUGGGCUUCUUGGAUGAGUGGCGCCAUCGCCGUGCCCCUCUUUCGGAAGCACCCUGUGUCGGAGCUGGAGUACGUGCUGGAGGACUCGCAGAGCGCGCUACUCGUGGCUGCGGAGGAGUACGUGGGAAAGGUCGUGCCCAGCGCGGAGAGGCUGGGAAUACCUCUCCUGCCCCUCUCGCCCUCCGGUAGCUGGGGCACGGCCGGCCAGGCGGCAGUGGAGGAGGUCCCACUAGCAAGUCCCAGUCCAGAGUGGAAAGACAGAGGAGCCAUGAUCAUCUACACCAGUGGGACCACGGGCCGCCCGAAAGGCGUCCUCAGCACCCACCAGAACAUACAGGCCGUGGUCACCGGGCUGGUCAGCAAAUGGGAGUGGGUGAAGGACGACGUUAUCCUGCACGUGCUACCUUUGCACCACCUGCACGGGGUGAUCAACAAGCUUCUGUGUCCGCUGUGGGUGGGAGCGACGUGCAUCAUGCUGCCCGAGUUCAGCGCGCAGACGGUUUGGGAGAAGUUCUUAAACCCCAAAGGUUCGCGGAUCAACGUCUUCAUGGCCGUGCCCACCGUUUACUCCAAGCUGAUGGAGCACUACGACAGGCAUUUCUCCCAGCCGCACAUCCGGGACUUUGUGCAUGCCCUGUGCCAGGAUAAUUUCAGGUUAGUGGUCUCGGGGUCUGCAGCCCUGCCUGUGCCUGUCCUGGAGAAGUGGAAGAGCAUCACAGGACACACAUUGCUGGAGAGAUACGGGAUGACUGAGAUUGGAAUGGCCCUAUCUAAUCCCCUACACGGAGUCCGUGUCCCAGGCUCCGUGGGGACCCCGCUGCCAGGGGUGGAGGUGCGCAUUGCCACUGAGCCCUCGAGACGGGAAGGCCCGGCGUACGCUAUCCACGCGCAAGGAGACGAGCACGGCACCCAGGCUGGAGCUGAAGCCCAAGCAGCUGGGGGAGCCCAGGAUGGACGCACUGCUGUGUGAGAGGCCUGGGGAGGC